CGUGAUGAUCUGAUUUGGUCGUUAGCUGGCAGUUCAUUACUUGAGAAAACAAAAAUGGUAAUUGUUGGCUUUCACAUCGGAAAGUAUAUUGUUAUAUUAUUUCCAACAAAACGAAAACGUCAACGUAACUUAGCUUUACUCUUAUUUUUAUUGAUAUGGCUAAUAUCUGUGGUGCUAGCUUUACCGAUGCUUAUCGCAUCAGAUAUACAAACCAUUUUUGAUGACUGCUUAAUUAUCUUACAAAUAUGUCAAGAGAACGAUCAAUUAUGGCAAAAGAUACCGUUAGGAAAGCAAUCUUAUACAUUAGCAAUAUUAAUAACACAGUAUGCGCUACCAUUAAUAUCCAUAGUUUUUGUAUAUACUCGUAUCUGGCAACGUAUGAAAGUAAGACUAUCAGUACGGAUGUCAUCAUAUUGGGCAAAUAGAGGAAGCUCCUAUCAGCAAAGAAAGUCUGCCGCUGAUCGAAGAAGACGUACAAACCUUCUUUUCGGAUGCAUAGUUAUAAUUUUUGCAUUAGCCUGGUUACCGCUGAAUGUUUUCCAUGUUUUAUGGACAUUCCGAAUCAUUGAAACCUUUCCAGUCCCAGUAUUUGCAGUUUGUCACUUGGCAGCAAUGUUAUCAUCCUGUUUAAAUCCUGUUUCAUAUGCAUUUUUCAACAAUAAUUUUAGGGAACAAUUCGCUAAAAUGUUUCACAGUCUUCCAAAUCUUAUAAGAAUCUCAAAACUGUGGCAACCAGUCCCACUAGCGGAACCCUGUCGUUCGUCAUUAACACUAUCAAGGAAGCCAACUACUGAUAGACAAAAGUCAAUAGAUAAUGAAGAAAAAGCCUUGAAUGAAAAGAAUACAUAA